UCAAGUUGAUUAACCACCAACAACACUCCCCCCUAUUUCACCUUAAAUAUGCCAGCAUACAAAUCGUCUACCUAUGUGGCAGACUCCGAUUCCGGCUCAGAUACCGAGGACAUGGCCUUCCAACCACCAAAACAUUUCCAUAAGGUGAAACCUGCGUCUUCAUUCCCCAAAGAUUUGGGCAAUAAGGAAAUUUGGAUCAUUAAAACCCCUCACAAAUUCCCCUUGAAAGAUCUCAAGACUCUCCCAAUUUCCUUCACAUCCACCUCCGUAGCCAAUGGACCUUCCAAAUUUGACAUUGAAGGUAAAACCUUCCAAAUCAAUGAAGAAAUCUUCUCCAAUGAAACUGAAAAUCGUAAAUAUUCCGUGUUCAAGAAGAAGGGAUCUUCUUCUUUUAACGUUGCCUCGGAGCCCGUGCAAAGAUUCUACAACAUUCGUGAGUCUGUAACCAUCCCCACCAUUGAUUUCGAUGCCGCCAGAGUGCCAAGAAAGGAUGUGGAAAAGAUUGAGAACUUGAGAAUGAGACAUUUCCCCACUGGUUAUGGAGCUGAAGAUUUUGAUGAAGCCAAGGCUCCUGCUGCUGGUGUUAAGAGAUCUUCUGGAGAAGACGACUUGAAGAGUUCCAAGAAGGCUAAGAAGGAAAAGAAGGAGAAGAAGGAAAAGAAGGAAAAGAAGGAGAAGAAGGAAAAGAAGGACAAGAAGGAGAAAAAGUAGAGUGACCCCCAACCCCCACCCGCUCAUACACCCACACAUACUCUCUCGCCCAUAUAAUCUGGCAACCAACCAUACGCAUAGA